GAGGGGAAGGCAGUGCCAACCAAUCAGAAGCAUAGUCAGUGGACAUGAAACAAUGAGCUUCUGAUGAGGGUGUGGCCUGGAAAACGGCUUUUAGACAAAACUGUCAUUUUAUGGGUCAACUAUAGACAGACAUGGCACUUCUGGUGUCUUCAGAAUAAUGUCAUCCAGACCCCUUUCCUGUUUUCUGCACUUCUGAAAGAUCCAGUCACUAAUACAGGCUCUGGCUUUUCCUCAGCCUUGGAGGAAGAGGAGAAUGUCUACUUGUGGACUGCUUCCUGUGAUCAUAAAAUCUUGAACAUUUGCUGUGAACAUGAACACUCAAAUAGACUCACAAGACCGGGCCAUCGUCAAAAUAGCAGCUCAUUUACCAGACCUCAUUGUUUAUGGAGAUUUCUCUCCAGAACGACCUUCUGUGAAAUAUUUCGAUGGAGUCUUGAUGUUUGUUGAUAUUUCAGGUUUUACUGCGAUGACUGAGAAGUUCAGCAGAGCCAUGUACAUGGACCGAGGGGCUGAGCAGUUGGUGGAGAUCCUCAACCACUACAUAAGUGCAAUAGUAGAGAAAGUAUUACUUUUUGGAGGAGAUAUCCUAAAAUUUGCAGGGCAGGUCAAAAGUCCCCAGUGUAUCUGUCUCUUAAAGGUGAUGCACUGCUAGCCCUGUGGAAGGUGGAACGAAAGCAACUGAAAAACAUUAUCACAGUGGUCAUUAAAUGUAGCCUGGAGAUCCAUGGAUUGUUUGAGGCCAAGGAGUCUGAAGAAGGCCUAGAUAUCCGGGUCAAGAUAGGAUUGUCUGCUGGCCACAUCAGCAUUUUGGUCUUUGGAGAUGAAACGCGCAACUACUUUCUUGUAAUUGGUCAGGCAGUGGAUGACGUCCGCUUUGCGCAGAACAUGGCGCAGAUGAACGACGUCAUUCUGUCACCAAACUGCUGGCAGCUCUGUGACCGAAGCAUGGUUGAGAUCGAGAGGAUUCCAGACCAGAGAGCAGUUAAGGUUAACUUCUUAAAACCCCCUCCUACUUUUAAUUUUGAUGAAUUUUUCACAAAGUGUAUGAACUUCAUGGAUUAUUAUCCUUCCGGUGAUCACAAAAACCUCCUGAGGCUUGCGUGCAUGCUGGAGUCUGAUCCUGAACUGGAGUUGUCUCUACAAAAGUAUGUAAUGGAGAGCAUUUUGAAGCAGAUUGAUGACAAACAGCUUCGGGGUUAUUUGUCUGAACUUCGCCCGGUGACAAUUGUGUUUGUGAACCUGAUGUUUAGGGACCAAGACAAACCGGAAGACAUAGGCCAGGCCAUCCAGGAUGCUUGUGUGCAUAUCACGUCUGUCCUGAGGGUCUUCCGAGGCCAAAUCAAUAAAGUUUUCAUGUUUGACAAGGGUUGCUCCUUCCUCUGUGUCUUUGGUUUCCCUGGGGAAAAGGCACCUGACGAGGUCACUCACGCUUUGGAAAGUGCUGUGGAUAUAUUUGACUUCUGCUCUCAGGUGCACAGGAUUCAGAGUGUGUCCAUCGGGGUUGCCAGCGGGAUUGUCUUCUGUGGAAUUGUUGGACACUCUGUGAGACACGAGUACACAGUCAUUGGUCAAAAGGUCAACAUAGCAGCCAGAAUGAUGAUGUAUUACCCAGGAAUCGUGACCUGUGACUCUGUCACCUACAAUAGCAGCAACCUACCAGCCUACUUUUUUAAAGAGCUUCCAAAGAAAGUUAUGAAAGGUGUUGCAGAUCCUGGACCAGUCUAUCAGUGUUUGGGCCUUAAUGAGAAAGUCAUGUUUGGUAUGGCGUACCUCAUCUGCAACAGAAAUGAGGGUUACCCUUUGCUGGGACGUGAUAAGGAGAUCAAAUACUUCAUGUGUACUAUGAAGGAAUAUUUGAUGUCUAACUGUAGCCGAGUUCUAAUGUAUGAAGGAUUACCAGGAUAUGGAAAAAGCCAGAUACUUAUGGAAGUAGAUUACCUGGCCCAAGGUGAGAACCACAGGACUAUUGCUAUUGCUUUGACUAAGAUCAGCUACCAUCAAAAUUUUUAUACUAUCCAGAUACUCAUGGCCAAUGUACUAGGUCUGGAUACUUGUAAACAUUAUAAAGAACGGCAGUCCAACCUUCAAAAUAAAGUCAACACACUGUUGGAUGAAAAGUUCCACUGUCUUCUCAAUGACAUUUUCCAUGUCCAGUUUCCCAUUUCACGGGAGGCUUCCAGGAUGAGCUCCUGGAGAAAGCAAAAGCAAUUGGAAGCAUUGUUUAUGAAGAUCUUGGAGCAAACAGUGAAAGAGGAAAGGAUAAUUUUCAUCAUUGAUGAGGCCCAGUUUGUGGAUUCAGCCUCCUGGGCGUUUAUGGAGAAGCUGAUCCGUACUGUCCCUAUCUUCAUCAUCAUGUCCCUAUCUCCCUUCAUGGACAUGCCCUGUGUAGCUGCCAGUUCCAUAAUGAAGAACAGGAACACCACCUAUGUCACCCUCGGUGCAGUACAGCCUAAAGAUAUCCUCAACAAGAUCUGUCUUGACCUCAAUGUGAGCGGUAUUCGCAAAGAACUGGACUCGUACCUGGUAGAGGGAAGCUGUGGGAUUCCAUUUUACUGUGAAGAGUUGUUAAAAAACCUCGACCAUCAUAGGGUACUUAUUUUCCAACCAAUGGAGUCUGAGGAAAAGGCAAAUGUGAAUUGGAAUAACCUGUUCAAGAAUUUUACUAAGCCAACAGAGGAAUUAAAUAUGCUUGUUCCCAGUAGUGAGGAGGGAAAUGAAGAAGUCUGUAACAUCGCUGGUGGUGUUAGAUUGAAAAACUUGUCACCCCCAGCAUCAUUAAAAGAAAUCUCUCUGGUCCAACUGGACAGCAUGAGCCUUUCCCACCAAAUGUUGGUGAGAUGUGCUGCUAUUAUUGGCCAGACCUUCACUACAGAGUUGUUGUUUGAGAUUCUCCCUUGUUGGAACAUGAAGAUGAUGAUCAAGGCCCUGGCAUCCCUAGUGGAAUCCAACAUUUUUGAUUGUUUCCGGAAUGGCAAGGAGCUACGGAUGGCUCUGAAACAGCACUCAGCCUCAUUUGAGGUGCAUUUUCGCUCCCUGUCACUGAAGCCCAGUGAAGGGAUGGCUCUUGGUGAAGAGGAAGAGCUUCGAGAACUGGAAAGCGAGGUGAUUGAAUGCCACAUCAUUCGAUUCUGCAAGCCUAUGAUGCAGAAAACAGCCUAUGAGCUAUGGCUGAAGGACCAGAAGAAAACCAUGCACUUGAAAUGUGCCCGCUUUCUAGAAGAAAGUGCUCACAAAUGUGACCACUGCAGAAGUGGGGACUUCAUUCCUUAUCACCACUUCACAGUGGACAUUCGACUCAACACUUUGGACGUGGACACCAUUAAGAAGAUGGCUAAGGCCCAUGGAAUUAAAACUGAAGAAGAGAUCACCUUUUCCAAAUCAGAGAUUCCUAAGAAAUCUGACAUAUUUCCUGAUGAUCUCAGUUCUGAAGAAAUAAGAGAAAAGAUCUUGGGUUUCUUUGACAUCAUUAUAACAAAAAUGAAGACAACUGAGGAAGACAUCAUCCCCUUGGAAUCUUGCCAGUGUGAGGAGAUCUUAGAGAUUGUCAUCUUGCCUCUGGCCCACCACUUUCUGGCUCUGGGGGAAAACAACAAAGCCUUAUACUACUUCCUAGAAAUUGCAUCUGCUUAUCUCAUCUUGAAUGAUAACUAUAUGGCAUACGUGUAUCUGAAUGAGGGAGAGAGGUUGCUGAAAACUCUCAGGAAGGAAAAAUCUUGGAGUCAGACUUUUGAGUCUGCCACCUUUUUUAGCCUCAAAGGUCAGGUCUGUUUCAACAUGGGCCACAUGGUACUUGCCAAGAAAAUGCUGAGGAAGGCACUGAAGCUCCUCAACAGAGUCUUCCCUUACACUUUAUUCUCUCUGUUUCUCCAUACCCACGUUGAGAAAAAUAGACACUUUCAUUAUUUGAAUCAGCAGACCCAAGAGAGCCCGCCUCAUGGGAAGAAGAGGUUGGCGCAACUUUAUCGGCAAACUGCCUGCUUCUCCUUGCUAUGGAAGAUUUAUAGCUCAAAUUAUUUUUUUCACUACAAGUAUUAUGCUCACCUGGCAGUUAUGAUGCAAGUGAAUACUGCACUGGAAACUCAAGAUAAUUUCCAGAUCAUUAAGGCAUACUUGGACUAUUCACUGCACCAUCAGCUGGUCGGCUACCAAGGCAUAUGGUUCAAGUACGAAGUCAUGGCCAUGGAGCAGAUCUUCAACCUCCCCCUGAAAGGCGAGGGCAUUGAAAUUGUGGCAUACGUGGCUGAAACACUCAGUAACAUCAAGCUCCAAAUGGGUCAUCUGGACUUGGCCAUUGAUUUAGGCUCCCGAGCCCAUAAGAUGUGGGCAUUGCUUCGGAAUCCCAACAAACACUAUCUGGUCCUCUGCAGACUUAGUAAAUCUCUCCUCUUGAAAUGCAGAUAUAAGCAAUUGAUCCAGGUGCUGGGGUGGCUGUGGGAUCUUUCUGUAGCAGAAGAGCACAUCUUUAGCAAGGCAUAUUUCUAUUUUGUCUGCCUGGACAUCAUGCUUUACUGUGGCUUUGUUUAUAGGACAUUUGAAGAAUGUUUGGAUUUCAUAUACCAAAAUGAGGACAACAGAAUCCUCAAGUUCCAAAGUGGCAUCUUGCUGGGACUUUACUCAUGUGGAGCUAUCUGGUAUGCUAGACUUCAAGAAUGGGACAAUUUUAAAAUACUUUCCAAUAGAGCUAAAACUCUAGUGCCAAGAAGAACCCCAACCCCUCUUUACUGGGAAGGAAUCAGUAGGUACCUGGAGGGGCAAGUUCUCUACCUUCAAAAGCAAAUUGAAGAACAAGCUGAGAAUGCCCAGGACAGUGGAGUUGAGCUACUCAAGAACUUGCAGAGUCUGGUGGCUCAAAAUACCACUGGCCCUGUCUUCUACCCGAGGCUUUACCACCUAAUGGCCUAUGUCUGUAUACUCAUGGGAGAUGGGGAGAACUGUGACUUCUUCCUGAACACAGCCCUACAGCUCUCUGAAAUCCAAGGGAAUCUGCUGGAGAAAUGCUGGCUGAACAUGAGCAAAGAAUGGUGGUACUUGAGCUCUGAGUCAGCAGAAGACCAAUGGCUGCAAACAAUCUUGAGUCUCCCCUCGUGGGAAAAAAUCGUAUCGGGCAAGGUAAACAUACAGGACAUUCAUAAGAACAAAUUCCUGAUGAGAGUUAAUAUUUUGGACAACCCUUUUUAACAUUACAUGAAACAGAACAAAGAUUUUAGUAAGAUCAUCAUCCUCCUGUAAUUAUCCAUUAUUAACCUUUCUCUGUAGCCGGCACUCUCCAGGUUCCUACAUACUGUCUUCUGUUCUACACACAGAACAAGACACGUUGGUUUCUUCUCUUUCUGGAGGAUCAAAAACUGGUGGCUGUGUUUUGCUUUUUUUUCUCCUAACUUUACACCAAUUACCUUUCCCUUUCAUGUUGUUAUAGCUUGGCCUGUUCGUUCCAGCCCAUGCAAAUGUGUAUCAUAUGGAAAACAUUAAUGUC